GUGCGCCGUUGGUUCUUUCUCUCUCACUCUAUCUCACUUGCAAUACCGGUGGUUCCGGUGAUUUUUCACCGUGAAAUUGAGAGGUUAUUUUCGAUGUGUACUCUGGGGAGUGUUUGUGAGGAUUUUUACGGUUCGAAUUCUCUUUUCAUUCCGUUUCCAUUGCGAGAGUGGGGUUUCGAUUCUUUGGGUAGAAGAUAGGUGUUUCUUGGGUGCUGGUGUUCGUCGUUGUUUUAGUCUCCUAUUUGAUAAUAGUGGCUGACCUACAAAAAUUUGAGCCAUAUAGCGUGUUUCGAUUGUGUUUCAACUUUUUUUCUUGUUCCGGUUCUUUAAUAAAAUUCUAUUUUGUUCCUUUCGAACUUGUUUUUGAUUUAGUACUAUCGAUCCUAAAACUAACACCUUUCACGAUAUUUGGCGACGAUUUUCACAAAUUUUAUGCGUCAUGGAUACUAUCGAACCAUUACGAUACUGAGGUGGUGGAGACGCGAUGUCUAUCGAGGAUACUGCUUUCUUGAAGCUUAAUUCCUCUAGAAACUUCAGUGUGAUUUUGUUGUUCCAUAUACACACAAUCACACUGACAGUGACGGCGGCACUCCACGCACUCACACUCAGAGCACUGAUCGACUAUGUUUGCCCUAUACGCUUCAAUGGAUUCAGCCUGCAUGGAGGUAAACAAAGCAAUGCUUGCGAACUGCGGAGCCAGGUCGAUCUUUUGGAAUUGAAGAUUGAUAAUCCAAGUUACCACAUACGGAAUUGCCUUUUCAGGGCAUCAUUGGAAGAUGAUGAAGAUGAUCAUGAGAAGUAUAGAAGAAUGGUGGUAAAAUGUCUAAAGGAAAAUCCAACGAUGUUUGAACCAUUUUUUGAAGAUAAAGUUCCUUCGAUAAAUAUUGCGAAUCUGAAACGGCAACGGCUUGUAAUUGCAAGCCGAGAAAGAAUUGCUAUAGGUGAUGUGAAAGCACAAGAAAUGCAUAGAUCCACGCAUCAAAUGUAAGUGUUUUGUAGUGUAGAUAGAUGCUAUCGAACCAUUACGACAAGGUGUGGUGGUGGAGACUAUCCGCAUUUUUAAUGUGGCAUGGAAAAGUAUGUCGGCGCCGGAAUGCAACCUUCUAGCUCCGUCCCCUUACCGAUGCCUCACAAUAAAGUAUAGUUAUGUAAGGCGCGCUGUCUAACCCGGCCCGCCUUCUAGAAGUCCAAUUCUGUCAUCAAGAUUUUAGCAAUCAAGAUAAUGUAAAAAUGAGGACGAGAAUUGUACUUUUUGUAAUUGAAAGAAUUUUAUAUUCUCUUAUUGUUUAUGGUUUGUGGGUUUUAGUUUUUGGGUUUGGAUUUUUUAAU